UUGCAAAGAGCUGGUCGCAGAGAAGCUUGCAGGAUGUUUUUAAUCAAAUGGUUUUAGUAUCUUUCAGAAUAAACACGGGAAACUUCUUGUUGGAAGUGCAGGUGGAAGGCAGGCCCGGCUGGCUCCUGGCAUGUCACGAGCGGUGGAAUCUCUCCCUGGGGACUCUGAUCUGUAGGCAGCUGGGAUAUCUCCAACUCGCCCAUCACAAAGGAGUGAACCUGACAGAUGUCAAGGUGAAUGAUACGCAAGAGUUUGUUCAGAUUGUGCUCAACCAGAAGAACAGCAUUGAAGACAUGUGGCAGGUCAGGAGCAGCUGUGCUUCAGGACGAAUUGUGGCUCUGAAAUGCUCCGAGUGUGGCAUGCGCUCCAGGGCGGCCCGGAUCGUGGGCGGAAGCGACGCCCCGUUGGGACGCUGGCCGUGGCAGGUCAGCCUAUACCUCAACUCCAAACACGUCUGUGGAGGCUCCGUGGUGGCGCGUGACUGGAUCGUCACGGCCGCUCACUGCGUGCACAAUUACAGGCAGCCUCAGGUCUCCAGCUGGCUGGUCUUUGCCGGGAUGAUCGCUCAUGUGUCAGUCCAACAGCAGGCUGGGGCGGCGGUGGAGAAAAUCAUCUACCACCCCCGCUAUGACGACAGGAGUCACGACUAUGACAUCGCACUGAUGAAACUCACAACGCCCUUGAACUUCUCCGAUGCCAUCCGUGCAGUGUGUUUACCACUGUACCGUCAGGAUUUCCCCCGCGGCACCCACUGCUGGAUCUCCGGCUGGGGCUACACCAGACCUGAACACGUUCAUAUUGCUGAGAUGCUGAAGGAAGCUAUUGUUCCCUUAAUCAGCACCAAGAAAUGCAACAGCUCCUGCAUGUACUCUGGUGAGCUCACCCCCAGGAUGCUGUGUGCUGGCUACCUGGACGGGAAAGUAGAUGCCUGCCAGGGAGACAGCGGGGGUCCGCUGGUUUGCCAAGAUGAACUCACCUGGCGCUUAGUGGGCAUCGUGAGCUGGGGCACAGGGUGUGCUGAACCCAACUACCCUGGGGUUUACACCAAGGUGGCUGAAUUCCUGGACUGGAUUUAUCAUAUCAUCGAGGUAAUCGGAGCAAAUGGACAAAGGCCUCGGUAGACCUCCAAGGAGAUGCGAGAACAGAGCAGGGUGUUGGUUCAUCAGUUUUGUCAUCCUGGCUACCACACAACACUUAAGAACCUGCCUCUUUGGUCAACACUGCCCAAUGGGAAAAUUCCUUCCUGAACCCUGUAACAACCUUGCUCUGCAGGAGACAUUUAUAGGGGGGUGGGAAUGGAGGUGGGUUUUAAAAUACCCCUGCCAUUAUAGAUCAAGUGCAUCUCCUGGGAGAAAGUCAACAGCUCUGUCCUCUGGAGCAAGAGCCUUCCAGAGGAAGGAAAUCAGAAACACAAGCUGGCUUCCUCUCCUUUGGAUAGCAGAGAGCUGAGAGGCCCAGAGACAGGGCAAUCAGCAGCACAUGCCCCGAAAUACAGAGGGACGUAAAAAUACUCCAAAAGGCCAAUAGGGCCCUGCUCCCUGUGGGAAACAUAGGUGAGACAUCUGGGAUCUUGCAGGCACAAACACCACCAGUGAAUCCAGACACCACAGCCUGAGCACAUCAGUGCUCCUCCAACCAGCUUGGGGUCUUCAGAUCUCAGCCUGCCUCCCUCCCCCAGAAAGAGCAAAGGCAGGGGAAGGAGAGUCUUGUCCCUUCUCCAGAGCUGUCAAAAGCAACAAAUGCAGAGAGGAACAAGGAACAGAAGCUACAGGGGACAUUAGAUUAAAGGGGAGACUCUGAGCUUAAAAAAGAUGCCUACAACCCCCACUGAGUUUCCUCACAUCAAUUGUAACUGACAGCAGGGCCUUGUGAAAGUUAUUCUCUCACUCACCAGCUCAUUGCUGGAAGUUUGUUAACUGUAUGGGAGGAGAGGCAGAACAAGUCAGUUUCUUUUUUCCAUGGUCUGUUUCUAGUCAAGAUCACGACUGUGCAGCAACACCCUGCAGUGUGUGAAUGCAAGACAGGACAGGGGGAGGUUUUUUGUUUUUAAAAGAAAAUUGCCACGAAAAGAGCUCAUUUCUCUGAUUUUGAAUGAAAAUAUUUCUAUUGAUCUCAGGAUACAUGGAGCUUCAGAGAUGACUAUCGACCUCCAUUUACACUCUUUACCCAAACCCCGCCCACCCCCAACCAACCUUAUGUAACAGGAUUUUAUUCUUGCUUCCAAAUUAGCAACAAUAUUGACCCUUGUGAUUUCAGAGAAUCUCCCAUCCCAGAACAUGGAACUGAUACAGCUUUUUGUCUGUUCUUUAAACAGAGCCACUAGGAGCAAAGCAAGGGACAGGCUUAAGGAGCAGAGCCAUCCCCAGGGUGACAUGCCAAACAAAGAAAAGUCCAGAACAAGUUAUACCCACUAUGGAGCUUUGUCCCCGUUAAUAUGUAGUUACAAUGGAUCAGCAUCAA